AAAGCGAAAGAGGGAAGAAAGAGCGAGGCCAUGGCCGGCGGCAGCGGCGGCGGAUCCCGGAGGGGCGUCGGCAUGGAACCCCUCGGGGAGCGCUGAGCCCCCCCCGCCCGGCCCGAGACCACCGCCCAUGGAUCGGCUGCUGCUGCUCUGCGCUGCUCUCGCCCUAUUUCUGCCCUACAGCGCCUCGGACAGAGCAGUGCGAUGUGGCCGUCCCAAGGACGUGGCCAAUGCGAUCAUCGACGCGAGCGACACGGAGCUGCUCCACACCAGCCUGCGUUACAGCUGCAAGCUGGGCUACAAACGCAAAGCUGGCACCUCCACCCUCAUCCAGUGCGUCCUCGAUCAUGGCAAGCCUGUCUGGACGUCCACUGAGCUACAGUGCAUCCGGGACCCGGCUCUACCUCUGCAAACCCCAAGCCCUGAGCUCCCAACAGUGAAGACAAGCCAAAGAGGAACCAGCACCACUUCAGCAGCAGUGCCUGUGCCAUCACCAGAGACACCUGUGCCACCUGCAGUGCUUGAACCACCAGAGAUGCCUACACCAGGAGAGGGGACAGCCCUGGGGAUAACCCCACUGCCCACCAUCCCUACAGACCAUGCUGCAGUUUCCACCCAAACUGUGGCCUCUUCCAUUGGGGUCUCAAUUCUGCUUGUUGUUGGUGUUGUGGGAUUCUGUUACUGGAGAAUGAAAAUGCACACGCAGCAGAACUACAUGGUGGCGAUGACGGCCAUCCCCAUGGUGGCUCCCAAUACCACAGCAGAGAAUGAUGAGAUGUCGUCGCCUGGUGACAUCCCCAUGGGCUGAGCACCCAGCACUGAGCACGUUGGUGUACCUACCAGACCAGCUAGCCAGGGGGAUGCUCGAAACUCAGUGCUUCCCCAAGUAGCAGUGGCAUGAGGCAUGUCCUCACGUCCCCAGCUGGCCUUUGCAGGGAGCAUUUUUGCUCCAGGGACAUGUAGCUGCUCUUCUCAGCCUGAACAAGUGGAUGAGAUCACUCCGGUGCCAAGAGCCAUUCAGUCAUGAACAACAACCACAGCAAAGGGCUUCAGCUCCAUCACCAGUUCAGAGGUCAUCUCCUCGUCCACACUUAGGGAUCUUCAGGGGGCAAUUUCAGCACAGAUGCCAGCUGCUCGCAGGGGACUGCACAUGGAAAUGAUUUGCUACAAACACUGCUAAAGCCUGAAGACAAGGACAUGGCAAUGAUAUCUGUUGUUAUCCACUAAACCCCCCCUUGCUACAGAACUGGUGGUUUUGUACUGAUGUUUUAUAUAUAAAGGGUAUAUGUUGUAAUGUAAAAAUACACACAGAGCGGCUGAUUCUUUAGCUGGGUGUCUUGCCAGCCACAACGAUGGGGAGGACGGUGGGAAUGCUGGGACAGACAGGAGCUGGUUUGGAGUGAAAUGCAUCCCUGUAACAGCCAGGGCUUGCUGGUGGUCUUCCAGGUAGGACUGAACCAGAGGAAAGGAGACAUUCCAUGACUAGAGCUCCUCACUGAUGGGUAUUGUGGACACCAAAAAAAUCUGCAUGGGUAGAAGUUGGCUUUGAACAACAAGGAUGGGUGGCUCGUGGUUGAAUACAGAGCUGCAGCUGCAGCAACCCACUGCAAACUCUAAAUGAGCACUGCCAUCCUCUAGAGGCAAAGGGUGAAGGCAAGGUGACGUUCAUCAUCACCCAUCUGGCUCAGGUGGAAGGCAAAAAGGGCUUCAUCAGCCAACUGGAAAACCAACCCAUGUGUUCCUUCCUCACUUCUCUUGUCCUAGUGAUGUCCAUGAGAU